AUGUCGCUCACAGACAAGCGCAAAGCUUCUUCAGCUACAGCCGGACCUUCGACCACUCCUGCUAGCUCGUCGUCAAAGCGUGUUCGAAUCGAUGAGCCAUCGCGGCGACAGCGCAAACGCGAAGAGACCGACUUCUUCGAUGGCGACCCCGAGCUAGAAGAAGAGGAGCGACGUCGCAUACGCAGGGAUCAGAAGAGCGGGCGCAUCGAUGAUCGUGGCGAAGACCUUUCCGAAAGUGACGAGUCGGACGCCAACGGUGCCGACCUCUUCAACGAGAACGAGGAUGAAUCUGACGCGGAAGCGGACGCCGGAUCACAUCGACGCAGAGCCGAGAAGAAGCGUAGAGGUGACGCCGCGGGCGCGGGCGGGGACGAUGACGACGAGGACAUGUUCGACGUAGCAGACGAUGAGCCGAAGGCAUCCAAGUCCGGCAAGGGCAAGCAGAAAGAUGCGAAGCGCGGCGAUCACCUCAAUUUGGGCGAGCUGGGAGAAGGGCAGGACUUUGGUUCAAAGACGCGAUCCGCCGUGGAUGCUGCCGACGAUGAUGCAGAGGCACUCAGAGGUGGAGAUGCGGACGACGACGAUCUCGAUCCUGACCUGGAACUCGAGGAUGAAGACGAACGUGACGACGACGAUCGAGACGUAGGCGAUCCAGAUCGAGAUCAAUAUGUCGACCUCAACGCGCUCGCGGAACGUUCACCACCCACAUCGCCCGGCGGUACUCCGCUAUCCACGUCCUCACGCACUCUGAAAGCUAAGAAGAGCAACAAGUCCAAAGCGCCGAAAGUCACGGGCUUCAAUAUGAAGGAAGAGAUGCGUACGGGCAAAUUUGAUGCCGAAGGCAACUACCACGAGAACCAGCGCGAUCCAGACGCUCAGCACGAUGUAUGGCUGACAGGCAACUACUCGAAAAUCAAGAUCUUGGAGGCGCGCAAAGCUCAGCAGAAACGGGAUCAAGAAGCACGCGACAAAGAGAAAGCGGCGCUGCAGGUCGACGGAGACGAAGACGAUGUCAAGAAGAGGCUGGUCGAAUUCAUGCAUAGGGCGGAGACCGUCCAGAGGACACUGCAGAGGCUGGGCAGAGUGCUCGCGGAUCGCAAGAAAGCGGCCAAGAGCAAGGGCUCGGAUGGCACAGACGAGGUCAAACAGGCAGCAUCGGACGUCGACAACGUCACGCACCUCUCUUCGGUGCUCAUGUCCCGAUUCGGCAGGCUGGACAUCUAUGAUCAGACCUACGAGCGGCUCCUGCACGACGUUCACAAGUCCGGUCUCGUCCGACAGACUUUCGACCCUGCAGCAAAGUACGACCCGGCUCCCGUUGCUGCGGAAGCUAACGCGGCCUCCAGCAGCUCGGAGCUGAACGCUACAGCCGGCGAUUGGGAGUAUCGCUGGACGCCGUCGUACCUCGCCGCAGCCGCACGGGAAGCUGGCACCCCAGUAGAUCCCGAGAUCCAAGUAUUUGGUCCUUUCGGUCUCGCGGAGUUGAAGAACUGGGCUCAGCAAGGCUACUUUGGCGACGGUGGGGAGCGCAUUCUUUUGCGACGGAAAGGUUCAAAAGAUGCCUGGACGACCUACAAUGAUGUCGCAUCGGCGGACACAUGA